AUGUGCAAGCGGAAGGGGAGUGCCCCCACCUUAGGGGACUGGCCCAGUGACUCAAAGCGCAGAUGUGAAAAGAGCAUCCGGGGAAAUGUUUCCAGUUGGAGAAAAGCCAAGUCGGAAGAACAUCAACUAACAGACAAUGCUUUAUUAAAAUAUAAAGGAGAAACUAUAGGUCCGUUAGGGGGGUUGAGAUUUACGCAGAUAAAGGAGUUAACAACUCGGCUGGAACUCGUUCCCUUGGAGGGCAAUCCAAUUGAAAGGGGUAAUCUUGAUGGAGGCACUUCGAAGGGGGAAUCACAGAAUAGCACACAGAAGCUCUCCCCUGCAGCUAAGAACCCCACAAAUGCGCAACUCUCCCUUUUAGAGGUGGUUAAAGAUUACGUGAGUAGCAGUAUGCAUGAGAAGAUAAACACAGGAGAGGAAAGUAAAGAGGAAGUACCAGGAGAGGAAGAGAAUUUUGAGCAGAUGAAAAACGAUGGAUGUGACCCCCUGUGCUGUGGUAUAUCCCACGAAGCAGACGAAGAGACUGACGUAAAGCAUGUAGGUAUAGAACAUUUAAAAAUUACAAAUGAAUUCAUUAUGAAGGAAAAUGAUAACCGAAUGAAGUGCUCAUCCGAGAUGGAGUCUGUGUCAAAGGGGAGCAAUAACAGUUUUGGAUUAAUACCUUUACGUGGAGAUGAAUGUGGUGUAGCAAAGUCCAUGGUCAGAAGUGAUCCCACCGUUGCAUCUACCCGGUGUGCAGAUUCAGCUUCCACAAAUUUAUGGUCGAACCCAAAUUACAACCAGUCACUGCAGAUGAGGAAUGGAUAUCAAAACCAAGUGGAGGGGUGCACCUCGUCAGAUAUGACACACUCGGAUCCUCCCAAAAAUGAAGAUGAGGAAAACAACGAUUUGGAGAAAGCAGAUAUUGUGAUGGAUAAAACAGUCUCCACGGACGAAAAAAUGGCCACGUCUACCAAUGGAGGAAAAUCCUUCGAGGAAGAGAAACUUCAGUUGGUGGAAGACACAAGUGGGUACCCCCCCUUGGUUUCUACCCUAAGCGAUGAGUUGCUAUGUUGCACUUCCAAUGGAAGCGAUGAAACGAACAAGCGUAGUGGUACCCAUGAAUGCUUAAUGGUACCAAAGGGGAAAGAAGGAGGAACUACCCCUUGCAGAAGUAGCCAGGUAGACAUGAAUCGGCAUGGGGAAGUUGUUCCAUCUGAUGAGGAGAAAACGUUCUGUGAAAGCAUCACCAGCGAAGAGACCUCCUCCAAACGUAUUUACCAUUUUAGGAGAAGCAAAAAUGAUAUACAUAUAUACACACCAGGGGGAGGAGCCUACUUAACCAUCAAGGAUAACGGAGAGGAGACCCCCGAAUCAAUGAUGAGUGAACAAUCAAAUGAAACACUUCACUGUGGAAGUGGCCAAAUGAAAGUUAAAGAGGAAGUUAACCCUCGAGAAGAACAGAGGGACAUCCAUUUCGUGAACACACAAAGUGACUCCUUCAUCAGAAGCACUGGAGAAAGUAACAACAAGUAUAAUCAAAUAGGUGUUAGAAAACGCCAAGUGACAUACGAAUUGGAAUGUGCACAGAUUAAUAGCAAGGCCCAUUUGACAGAUGGACCAACAGAUACAACUCCCCAUGAGAUGCGCAAAUACACAUGCGCAGAGAGUGUCUACCCGCGAAGAAGAAGUGCGCCGGGGAGGACACGGAAGAGAAAACUUGCAUCAAUGUCGAAGAAAAAAGUAAAGGUGGAAAAAAAAAAAAAAAAAAAAAAAAAAAUUCCAGGAAGAAUUUACAAAGUUAUUGUACGGGGGAAAGAGUGCUGGAGGGCGGAAUGGUUUGUCCAAAAGGAUCUUCAAGAAAUAAAUUACCAUAAUGGUGAAGUCCAUGUGGCUAUGGCGAACAGGAAAACGAAAACAGAGACAAACACGGAGACGAACAGAAAGACUGACAAGGGUAGUGGGCACUUCCAGGUGAGUCAUCCCUACGGAGUGGAGCAUACACCCCCCCCGAGUCACAGCCAUGGGAAUGAAAACUUACUUGUGAAAAAAAGUAGGCAGUUUUCCGUGUCUGUGUAUGGACCUGAAAACGCGAGACUCUUCGCCCUGUUCGAACUAAUCAAAUACAACUCCGUUCCGGAUGGAUUGAGAGAUGAAGCCAAUCUGUGCAUCUGCUCCAUUAAGAAAAAUUUGAUGGUGCAGGGGGGGUCUUCUAACAAAUCUCCCAGUGGCCACUUUCUACCUCUUAUGCUUGCUAAAUGGGACGAUGCCUACUCACAUGCUUUGUUCAGAAAAAUUCAGGGAGAUAUGGUGCGGAACGGGGGUCAGUUCACCCACGGGGGUAGUAUCGGCACAUAUAGAGGUAGCACCGAUGUACAUGGUUGCAAUAACAACAAGGAGGAGCCCCCGAGAGCUGCGCCCCACUUCGACGGAUACAGUUAUCCUCUCAAAGGAAAUCAAUCUGGGGGGUUCGAUCACGUAGUUAGGUGCAGUGCAGACUUCACGAGCCUAGGGGAAAAUGCAGCUAACCGCGCAUCUAACCACACGAAUAAGGGAAAUAAUCACCCUAACUUGGAAAAGAGCCAUCCAAACUGCGUUAACAACUCCACUGGUUACGUGGAGAACCCCUCCUCACACAAUCAGAACAACCUAGUCCACAGCAUCAACGCGUACAACCUGCACUCGAGGCACAUGGCCCACACGUUCGCGGCGAACAAACCAUCGAUGGUAAACCUGCAAAAAAACUUCAACAACAACCACCAUGGAUAUCCGCCCCACGGAGAAGAAAUCCUUAAGCUACAAAAUGGUUUUCCUUUCGGGCAGUUAGACGAAUAUACAAAUGAGGCUAACACAAACUGGGCCCUGCGCCUCAACCACCCUGGAUACCACUACAAUUACGCCCGUCGUGAAGACAAGAUGAACAACAUGGCCACCUGUCCAUCUCUGCAUAGCUACCCAAAUGGGUAUGUAAAUAGCCACGAGAAUGUGAGAGGCCCUCCCGACAACUUGACCGGCGGCGUGAAAAUCUUUGGCAACUAUUUUCACGCCGAUGGGAAUGCGGUAAAUUGCAAAAUGGAUAAGAAUUCCCCCGCUGUCUUUGGGCCAAAGAUGUCGAAUGGAAGUGGCAACGUGUUUGAUCAGUUCGACGGGGGGGCUGCACAUUUGAGGGACUGA